AUGACCCCGGCUUGCUGGGAUAUUAAUGUUGUCAUGCAUUUCCGCGGACGACGCCUGUUUGUACUGGCAACACAGGACAUUUCCAACUGCACAGGACUGCAGGACGAGGCCGAAAUUAAUCCGCUGAAGUGCGUAACAGUGGGAUGCAGCAGUCGCAUUCCCAGUGACAGCCGUGCAUCGCAACCCUGCAGGGAAUGUGGAGCUAUCAACACUGACCGGCUGCUGCAGUUCCGCCGCUUCACGGAGCAUCUCGAAAUGAUCCGUAACAGUGAAGACAGCGGAAAUGGGGAAUCACUAGAAACUGCCUUCUUCAAAAAACUGGAUGCGGCCGACAUACUGCACGGAGACGCGUAUUUACGCUUUCUGUGUGGAUGGAACGUAAUGGAGAAGCAUUUCAAAGAAAGCCGUUUCGAUGACGGCUGGAAACUUGUGCCGGAGCUGAUUGUCUGCUUGCGAAAUAUAUGUCCUCGGUACCAUAUGUUGCGGGCUUUUCAUCUGUCGUCGGCGGCCGGAUCCGCCGCUUCGGCUCUGCCGCACCACGUGGAGACUGGGCUGUCGUGUUUUUCGAAACCAGCCCAGCGACAAAUGAAAGCAAUGUCAGUGGGAGUGCUGAAAAUGGUUGCCGAAUACGGCAAGGAAGCCGAGCAGAUAUUUCGUGCAGUUGGAGGUGAUGAGUCCAAAGAGGCUCGUUACGGCCAGAAAAUUCUGAGCCUCAUUGAUGAGGCAGCCCGCAGCAUUAAAAAGAUCUUCCGUAAUAAUAAGAUCUAG